AUGGUAACGAACCUCGUAGAAAUGGGAAAAGACAAACAAAGUGUUUCGCGUGUGGUUACCCACUUUCAUUACACGGCAUGGCCCGACAAAGAUGUGCCCACUAGCACUUCGAGCCUCUUGCACUUCUGGCGUAGGAUCAGGGCCCACGAUCCCGACAAGAAGCAACCCUGGGUCGUUCAUUGCAGCGCCGGUGUUGGUCGGACGGGCACAUUCAUCGCCAUGGACAUACUGAUAGACGAGGGUCAAGCCAGACAGACUGUUGAUAUUUACGCAUGUGUGACCAAGUUGAGACAGCAGCGAGUUAACAUGGUUCAAACAGCGACAGAGGCAUCAUACCACACACUGGAGCUUGCUGGGGCAAACAUCAAAGAUGAUCCUUAUUCCGUUGCUACCAUGCCUGAAAACGCGAAGAAAAACAGAUUCGAUGCUAUACUACCGAAUAACCAAUAUCGAGCGAUGUUGACUGUUCCUGAGGACGGAAGAAAUGACUACAUCAACGCUGUAUAUAUGCCGAGCUACAAGGUGGACAGCAAGUACAUCCUUACUCAGAAGCCCCUGUCUGACACUGUGGUGGACUGCUGGAGACUCAUAGAGGCCAGGGACAUUGGUCUGGUAGUGACAUUCACCGAUGAGGGAAAUGAACAGGAGAGGACGGUAACUCAGCUGCUGUACCAGAAGUGGCCCAGGCGCCAGAUGGCACCGCCAAAUGUCGGUGAAUUUCUGAUGUUAAUGGACGCUGUGGAGAAUAGGACACAAUCUUCAGCAGCGUUGAUACAGUGCUUAGAUGGUACUACAAGAAGCGGCUUGCUGCUGGUAUUGUUGUACGCCACGGAAUGCAUGUCCAAGGAUGGGGAAGUGUCGAUGCCUAUGGUCAUCAGGCAUCUUAGAACGAGGCGCCCGCAGCUCAUACCGAACUUUAUGUCUGGAUGCUUGGCGACUCCAUCUUACACUGGGCUGGGCUUUAUGCACAAGAGCGUGGUCGGGAAGUCGGCGGGAGCCUCGCUGUCAGCUGGUGUGGUGUCCGUGGUGUUUCCACAAAAAAGAGUAUCAAAACACAAAGGAUACUCACCAUCAGCUAUGAUGAAUGCAUAUAAAAUGGUAAUGGAAACUGGUGCACCAGUAAAAACUGCUGCUAGACAGUACGGUGUACCACAUAACACCCUAAGAGAUAGAGUGAAGGGCAGAGUAGAUCCGCAGAUGUCAUGA